AUGAUCGUCAACGAUCAACACCAACAACCAGACAAGCGUUCUCUCCUCGACGAGAACGACACCGACAGCGUCAUGUCUAAACAAUCGACCGUUGAGGACGGCCUACCCGUCUAUGCGCCUGUUGACCCCAACUCGGAAAUGAAGGGGAAGGAAACCCCUGCUCCUCAGUCUAACCGCGGGAGGAAGAUCAAACGUGCCAUCAAGUUCUGUCUCUGCGCUCUCCUUGCGUACCACCUCUACCACUUCGUUCACCACAGGUUCGACGGUCCGCCCAGGUUCGGCUUCUGGCAUGGAAACGACCAUGACGAGAUGACGGACAGCAAAGAUGUGACGGAUGAGUGGGUGAACGGGAGGUACAACUUCGCACAUAUGGAUUACAAUCUUGCCACGGCUGAGGAUACGAACGUGGACAUCUGGACUAUGGACGAGGUGUUCCCUGUGCCUCCCGACCACCCGGACAUGCCCCAUCCUCCCGAGAUGCCUGACAAUCCUGACAUGCCGCCGAUGCCGCCUCACUCGCCCCAUAUGCCUGACGAGCCAGACCACCCAGCUCCGCCCCGUCACCCUUCUCCUCCCCAUCACCCUCCUCCACCGCGUCAUCAUCCUCCUCCCCACCCUCCCCACCAUCAUGUCACGGUCGAGUGUCUCUCUACCGAGGGCGAGAGUACUGCAUUGACCAUGCAGUUGCCCUUUACGCCGAGCGAUGACGGCUAUCUUCCUGCCGGUGCGGUUGUGGACCUAGGGAAUGCAGGCCUGGAUUGGACUGAGCCCGUCUCGUUCAACCUGUCCACCUCGCUGCGCCGGCUCGUUGUUGCCUCGCAUGGUCCUGUCGCUGGUAGUGUCCACCUCCACACCGAUUCCAGUCUGAGCGAUACCGUAACCUACAACGUCACUGUGUCCGAUCCGUCUGUGGUCAAGAUCUGCAAGCUCCUGCACGAGGAUGUCUUCUUCGGUGUUGCCGUCGUGGCGCCGCAUGAGCGCGUACACCCCGUCCCGCGGGCGAAGAUCGAUGUCUGGUUCCCGAGCGAGGCGGAUAUCAACGCUUUCACCAGUCACACUGGUGUAUUCCACCACGACGUUGAUGAUCUGUCCGGCGUACAAUUUGGCAAGUUCCAGCUCGGUGCGAGCAACGCUGCCCUCCACGUCGACACGGUCAAUGCGAAAGUCGCAGUGCUCAAGACGGUCAACGCCGCGAUCGAUGUGGGAACCGUGUCCGGCAAGCUCGUUGUACUCACGACGAACAACGGAAGGAUUACUGGUGUGGUGCCCAAUGCUACAGCUGUCAUCGCUGCUACUAAGAACGCGCCUAUCACCUUGAACGCGACCGUUUGGAGCACCGCCGAUGGCGAGACCUCCGUCCCAGAGUCGUACCAUGCUGUGGGCUGCCACCAGCACAAAGAGGAAAAAGCGAACACUUGGGCUAGCUGGUUUACCCGUGAGGCGAGGCGUGAGCGCCGCGCACGUCGCAAGGCUCGUAAGGCCGUGAGGAAGGCGGGCAAGCACUGGCAUGGGCACGGGCACGGGCACGCUGCGGUCGCUGAAGACGAGGAGCCGCAUGACCCUCAUGGACCUCACGGCCCGCACCACAAGGGUGACGGCAAGGGAGUCCUCGUGGCUACCAGCACGAACGGACACAUUGACGUCCAUGCUUGGCUGAAGAGCAACACCACGGGAGUGUUCAGCGUCGUCGCCAAGAGCUCUAACACCCAAGUUGAAGUGGGCGUACUUGACCAGCCGGUCAACAGUACUCUCUCCCUCACCGCGACGAGCACCAAUGGACGGAUUGGCGUCGGCCUGCACCCUGCGUUCGAAGGCGAGUUCAUCGCUAGGACCACCAAUGGGAAGUCAGAGCUGAUCGAAACGCCCAACGUCAACGACCCUGCGGGGUUGCACAGGGUCAGGCACAUCACCGUCAGCCGCUUCGCGAACAUAUUGACGGGCUCCGCAUUUUGGGGCGAGAAGAAGAAACGUGGUUCUGCGGUGCUGAGCACCACCAAUGCCGGUGUUCAGCUUGCCAUCUAA